CUGCACCCGCCGAGUGAGAGAGCGCGUGUUCCGCCAUGUUGGUGCACCCGGAGCUGGCCUGACGCGGUUUCCGUAGUGUGUGACUCCGCCCUCAUUCUCCCACCGGCGCUCUCACAGCUCAGUCAUGGCGGCCAGAGUAAUGCGCUUCCCCACCGCGUCCGCUCACACCGGCGGCCUCCCCUCCGGCAUGGACUGGAUGGACCGACCCGUCAGCACCGGGGUGAGUGUGCCGGGGGGAGAACGGGGGGAGCCGGGGGGCGGGGGGUACGAGAGACCGGGGACAGCCUGAACUGCUAGGCCUUCAAUGAUACAGCACCUCCUAAUAUAUAAUAAUAUAGCACCUACUGAUAUAUAAUAAUAAUAUAGCACCUACUGAUAUAUAAUAAUAAUAUAAUAAUAAUAUAAUAAUAUAGCACCUACUGAUAUAUAAUAAUAAUAUAGCACCUACUGAUAUAUAAUAAUAAUAUAGCACCUACUGAUAUAUAAUAAUAAUAUAGCACCUACUGAUAUAUAAUAAUAAUAUAGUACCUACUGAUAUAUAAUAAUAAUAGUAAUAUAGCACCUACUGAUAUAUAAUAAUAAUAAUAUAAUAAUAUAGCAUAAUACUGAUAUACUGAUAUAUAAUAAUAAUAUAAGCACCUACUGAUAUAUAAUAAUAAUAUAGCACCUACUGAUAUAUAAUAAUAAUAUAGCACCUACUGAUAUAUAAUAAUAAUAUAAUAAUAAUAGCACCUACUGAUAUAUAAUAAUAAUAUAGCACCUACUGAUAUAUAAUAAUAAUAUAGCACCUACUGAUAUAUAAUAAUAAUAUAGCACCUACUGAUAUAUAAUAAUAAUAUAGCACCUACUGAUAUAUAAUAAUAAUAUAGCACCUACUGAUAUAUAAUAAUAAUAUAGUACCUACUGAUAUAUAAUAAUAAUAUAGCACCUACUGAUAUAUAAUAAUAAUAAUAUAAUAAUAUAGCACCUACUGAUAUAUAAUAAUAAUAAUAUAAUAAUAUAGCACCUACUGAUAUAUAAUAAUAAUAAUAAUAUAAUAAUAUAGUACCUACUGAUAUAUAAUAAUAAUAUAAUAAUAAUAUAGCACCUACUGAUAUAUAAUAAUAUAGCACCUACUGAUAUAUAAUAAUAUAAUAAUAAUACAGCACCUACUGAUAUAUAAUAAUAAUAAUAUAAUAAUAUAGCACCUACGGAUAUAUUAUAAUAAUAAUAAUAUAGCACCUACUGAUAUAUAAUAAUAAUAAUAAUAAUAAUAAUAUAGCACCUACUGAUAUAUAAUAAUAAUAAUAUAGCACCUACUGAUAUAUAAUAUAUAAUAAUAAUAUAGCACCUACUGAUAUAUAAUAUAAUAAUAUAGCACCUACUGAUAUAUAAUAAUAUAAUAAUAAUAAUAUAGCACCUACUGAUAUAUAAUAAUAUAAUAAUAAUAUAGCACCUACUGAUAUAUAAUAAUAAUAUAGCACCUACUGAUAUAUAAUAAUAUAAUAAUAAUAUAGCACCUACUGAUAUAUAAUAAUAUAAUAAUACAGCACCUACUGAUAUAUAAUAAUAUAAUAAUACAGCACCUACUGAUAUAUAAUAAUAUAAUAAUAAUACAGCACCUACUGAUAUAUAAUAUAAGAAUAAUACAUCACCUACUGAUAUAUAAUAAUAUAAUAAUAAUACAGCACCUACUGAUAUAUAAUAAUAUAUAAUAAUACAGCACCUACUGAUAUAUAAUAAUAAUACAGCACCUACUGAUAUAUAAUAAUAAUAUAUAAUAAUAAUACAGCACCUACUGAUAUAUAAUAAUAAUAUAAUAAUAAUAAUAUAGCACCUACUGAUAUAUAAUAAUAAUAUAGCACCUACUGAUAUAUAAUAAUAUAUAAUAAUAAUAUAGCACCUACUGAUAUAUAAUAAUAUAGCACCUUCUGAUAUAUAAUAAUAUAUAAUAAUAAUAUAGCACCUACUGAUAUAUAAUAAUAAUAUAGCACCUACUGAUAUAUAAUAAUAUAAUAAUACAGCACCUACUGAUAUAUAAUAUAAUAAUACAGCACCUACUGAUAUAUAAUAAUAAUAUAGCACCUACUGAUAUAUAAUAAUAAUAUAGCACCUACUGAUAUAUAAUAAUAAUAUAGCACCUACUGAUAUAUAAUAAUAAUAUAGCACCUACUGAUAUAUAAUAAUAAUAUAGCACCUACUGAUAUAUAAUAAUAAUAUAGCACCUACUGAUAUAUAAUAAUAUAUAGCACCUACUGAUAUAUAUUAAUAAUAAUAUAGCACCUACUGAUAUAUAAUAAUAAUAUAGCACCUACUGAUAUAUAAUAAUAAUAUAGCACCUACUGAUAUAUAAUAAUAAUAUAGCACCUACGGAUAUAUAAUAAUAAUAUAGCACCUACGGAUAUAUAAUAAUAAUAUAGCACCUACUGAUAUAUAAUAAUAAUAUAGCACCUACUGAUAUAUAAUAAUAACAUAUAAUAAUAAUAUAGCACCUACUGAUAUAUAAUAAUAUAGCACCUACUGAUAUAUAAUAAUAAUACAGCACCUACUGAUAUAUAAUAAUAAUACAGCACCUACUGAUAUAUAAUAAUAUAAUAAUAAUACAGCACCUACUGAUAUAUAAUAUAUAAUAAUAAUACAGCACCUACUGAUAUAUAAUAAUAAUAUAGCACCUACUGAUAUAUAAUAAUAAUAAUAUAGCACCUACUGAUAUAUAAUAAUAACAUAUAAUAAUAAUAUAGCACCUACUGAUAUAUAAUAAUAUAGCACCUACUGAUAUAUAAUAAUAUAAUAAUAAUACAGCACCUACUGAUAUAUAAUAUAUAAUAAUAAUACAGCACCUACUGAUAUAUAAUAAUAAUAUAUAAUAAUAAUAUAGCACCUACUGAUAUAUAAUAAUAAUAAUAUAGCACCUACUGAUAUAUAAUUAUAUAAUAAUAUAGCACCUACUGAUAUAUAAUAAUAAUAUAGCACCUACUGAUAUAUAAUAAUAUAGCACCUUCUGAUAUAUAAUAAUAUAUAAUAAUAUAGCACCUACUGAUAUAUAAUAAUAAUAUAGCACCUACUGAUAUAUAAUAAUAAUAUAAUAAUAAUAAUAAUAAUAUAGCACCUACUGAUAUAUAAUAAUAUAAUAAUAUAGCACCUACUGAUAUAUAAUAAUAUAAUAAUAUAGCACCUACUGAUAUAUAAUAAUAAUAUAAUAAUAAUAUAGCACCUACUGAUAUAUAAUAAUAAUAAUAUAAUAAUAAUAUAGCACCUACUGAUAUAUAAUAAUAUAAUAAUAAUAUAGCACCUACUAAUAUAUAAUAAUAAUAUAGCACCUACUGAUAUAUAAUAAUAUAAUAAUAAUAUAGCACCUACUGAUAUAUAAUAAUAUAAUAAUAAUAUAGCACCUACUGAUAUAUAAUAAUAUAAUAAUAAUAAUAUAGCACCUACUGAUAUAUAAUAAUAUAAUAAUAUAGCACCUACUGAUAUAUAAUAAUAAUAUAAUAAUAAUAUAGCACCUACUGAUAUAUAAUAAUAAUAUAAUAAUAAUAAUAUAGCACCUACUGAUAUAUAAUAAUAAUAUAGCACUUACUGAUAUAUAAUAAUAUAAUAAUAAUACAGCACCUACUGAUAUAUAAUAAUAUAAUAAUAAUACAUCACCUACUGAUAUAUAAUAAUAUAAUAAUAAUACAGCACCUACUGAUAUAUAAUAAUAUAUAAUAAUAAUACAGCACCUACUGAUAUAUAAUAAUACAGCACCUACUGAUAUAUAAUAAUAAUAUAUAAUAAUAAUACAGCACCUACUGAUAUAUAAUAAUAUAUAAUAAUAAUAUAGCACCUACUGAUAUAUAAUAAUAAUAUAGCACCUACUGAUAUAUAAUAUAUAAUAAUAAUAUAGCACCUACUGAUAUAUAAUAAUAUAGCACCUUCUGAUAUAUAAUAAUAUAUAAUAAUAAUAAUAUAGCACCUACUGAUAUAUAAUAAUAAUAUAGCACCUACUGAUAUAUAAUAAUAAUAUAGCACCUACUGAUAUAUAAUAAUAUAAUAAUAAUACAGCACCUACUGAUAUAUAAUAAUAAUAUAGCACCUACUGAUAUAUAAUAAUAAUAUAGCACCUACUGAUAUAUAAUAAUAAUAUAGCACCUACUGAUAUAUAAUAAUAAUAAUAUAGCACCUACUGAUAUAUAAUAAUAACAUAUAAUAAUAAUAUAGCACCUACUGAUAUAUAAUAAUAAUAUAGCACCUACUGAUAUAUAAUAAUAAUAAUAUAGCACCUACUGAUAUAUAAUAAUAUAGCACCUACUGAUAUAUAAUAAUAUAGCACCUACUGAUAUAUAAUAAUAAUACAGCACAUCACCUCCUAAUAUAAUAUAUAUAAUAAUAAUAUAAUGAUAAUAUAACACAGCACCUCCUAAUAAAAUAAUACUAUUUGAUAUAAUACAGCACCUACUGAUAUACUAUAAUAAUAUGAUAUAAUACAGCAAUUACUGAGCACCUCCUAAUAUUAUAAUAUAUAAUAAAAUGCAGCACCUCAUAAUAAUAUAAUAGUAACAGUAACAGUGAGUAAUAAUACAUCAUCUCCUAUUAUCUGUCUAUUACUAUAUAAUACCGAGACAGCAACAAUGAGUAAUAAUACAGCACCUCUUAUUAUUUAUCUAUUAAUAUAUAAUACUGAGACAGGGACAAUGAGUAAUAAUACAGGACCUCCUAUUAUAAUAUAAUCUAUCUAUUAAUAUAUAAUAUUGAGACUGUAACUGUGAGUAAUAAUACAGGACCUCCUAUUAUCUAUCUAUAAAUAUAUAAUACAGAGACAGGAACAAUGAGUAAUAAUACAAACAUGACCUCUUAUUUUUAGCUAUCUAUUAAUAUAUAAUACUCAGACAGUAACAGUGUGUAAUAAUACAUGACCUCCUAUUAUUCUCUAUCUAUUAAUAUAUAAUACCGACACAGCAACAAUGAGUAAUAAUACAGGACCUCCUAUUAUUAUCUAUCUAUUAAUAUAUAAUACCAGGACAGUAACAGUGAGUAAUAGAGGACCUCCUAUUAUAUAUCUAUUAAUAUAUAAUACUGAGACAGCAACAAUGAGUAAUAAUACAGGACCUCACACUGUUACUGGGGGAAAUAUAAUAAUAAUAUAUAAUCCUAAAACAGCAACAAUAAGUAAUAAUAGAGGACCUCCUAUUAUUAUAUAGCUAUUAAUAUAUAAUACUGAGACAGCAACAAUGAGUAAUAAUACACUAUUACUGGGGGAAAUAUAAUAUUAUUUAUUACUGACACAGUAACAAUGAGUGAUACAGGACCUCACACUGUUACUGGGGGAAAUAUAAUAUUAUAUAAUACUGAGACAGUAACAAUGAAUAGAGAGGCAUAUAAUGUAUAUCUAUUAAUAUAUAAUACUGAGACUGUAACAAUGAAUUGAGAGGGAUAUCACACUAUUACUGGGGGGAACUAUAAUAUUAUAUAUUUCUUGAUAUAUAAUACUGAGACAGCAAAACACUUAAUGAGUACAGGACACAGUUUUAUAUAUAUAUAUAUAUACACACACAAUUAUAGUGGCACUUACCCUUUCAAUGAAUCAGUAAAAGACUGAACAGGAGUUUCUGUUUCCUGUACCUGGUCGGACUGACAGGAAGGUGCACACUGAGUGUGCACCUUCCUAUCACUCCGGCCGGACACCGCGGACAGAAGAGCAGCUCGGCCACGCUACAGGGGAGGGGGGUAAGAAGGGGGUGAAUAGAGGGGAGGGGGGGGAGCAAGAAGUGGGGGGAGGGGAGUAAGAGAGGGGGGGGGUAAGAAGAGGGGGGGUAAGAGGGAGGGGAAGCAAGAAGGGGGAGUAAGAAAGGGGGGGUAAGAAGAGGGAGGGGAGUAAGAAAGGGGGUAAGAAGAGGGGAGGGGGGGAGUAAGAAAGGGGGUGAGGGGGGAGUAAGAAAGGGGCAAGAGGGGAGGGGGGUAAGAAAGGGGUAAGAGGGGGAAGUAAGAAGAGGGGGAGGGGGAGUAAGAAGGGGUAAGAGGGGGAAGGGGAAGUAAGAAGUUCUUUAUUUGAAAUUUAAAAGGACCACUCUAGGCACCCAGACCACUUCAGCUUUAUGAAUUGGUCUGGGUGCCAGGUCCCUCUAGGAUUAACUUUUUUUUUUUUUUUUUAAUAUAUAAACAUAGCAGUUUCAGAGAAACUGCUAUGUUUAUACUGAGGGUUAAUCCAGCCUCCAGAGCCUCUAGUGGCUGUCUUAUUGACAGCCGCUAGAGGCGCUUGCGUGCUUCUCACUGUGAAAAUCACAGUGAGAGCACGCAAGCGUCCAUAGGAAAGCAUUGCAAAUGCUUUCCUAUGCGACCGGCUGAAUGCAUGCGCAUUCAGCCGAUGACGUCGCGAGCAAGGAGGAGAGGAGGAGUACAGCUCCCCGCCCGGCGCUGGAGAAAGGUAAGUGUUUAACCCCUUCCUCUCUCCAGAGCCCGGCGGGAAGGGGUCCCUGAGGGUGGGGGCACCCUCAGGGCACUAUAGUGCCAGGAAAACGAGUAUGUUUUCCUGGCACUAUAGUGGUCCUUUAAGUUUUUUUUCCCUGAAAUUUCCUUCUUAAAAUGAGGUGCGUGUUAUAUGCCGGUGCGUGUUAUAUGCCGAUAAAUACGGUACAUUCUUCCAAAGUUUGGCACGCUCACACUCUGCAAAGAUUGCAGGACCAUGCUAGAAAGCCCCUCUAGUGACAGUUUACGUGACAGUCCCAGGAGGUGUUCUUAGGGACAAAUGUAAACAUGCCAUUUCACAGAACAUUACAUUGUAGGCACUGUAACUGCCUCAUCUCAUUGAAGUGGUUAUAGUGUCUGGAAACUCUGGCACUGUCCCUCCAUUUAGCAUUAAACUGUUUUUAAUGUGAGAGUCCCUAGCAACCCAUGCCCUAUGUGCUUCUUGGUCUAGCGAGGAAGCAGUAGCCUGAGCUGCAGCGGGUGAGAGUGUCAAGCGCUCAUUACUGGUAUAAAUUGUUAUGGCUACACGAUAUUGUCUAAUUUCUGCCUUAGCCAUGUCUCCGGGGGGGAUGGUUGCUAUGCUGUGGUUUGCCAGGGACCCUCCUUCAGUGUUUAAACUGCUUAAAAUGGUUUAAUACUCAAUGGAGUGCUAUUGCCUGGGGACUCCAGGCACUAUAACCAACUGAAUGAGACGGAAUGGGCUUUGAAUUCACCGCCAUAUAUCUAAUUUGUAAAAAGUUUUUAAAACACUGAUUUAUAUUUAAAGAGAUGUUGUUUGUUUUCCCUUGUAGACAACCAUCAUGGCUGUUGAAUUUGAUGGCGGUGUUGUUAUUGGUGCUGAUUCCAGAACAACCACUGGGUGAGUAAAGUGAAGAGGUGGCCGGUACAGGAGUUGCAUUUAUGGCAGGAACAGAACACGGAAUCAUGUGUUUUCUUUUCUUGCAGGGCCUACAUCGCUAACCGGGUCACCGAUAAACUCACUCCUGUGCAUGACAGAAUAUUUUGUUGCCGCUCUGGAUCUGCUGCAGAUACCCAAGCCAUCGCAGAUGCUGUCUCUUACCAGUUAGGAUUCCACAGGUAACACUCACAAAAUCUUAAUCACUACAUGGGUGAAAGGGCAACUGUCACUUCUUUGAAAAUUUAAAUAUAAAAUUAAGACUUACUUCUAAUAUGUAUUAUCCUUGUUUGGUGUGUGUGUAUAUAUAUCUUUAUUAAAGGGAUAGUCUAAGCCAGGGGUUCCCAAAUAAUUUUUCCCGUGAAACUCUUUGACAUAGUAUAUCAACAUCGUGUAUCAACUCUUUGUCAGACACACACACUUUAUUUUUUUUAAUUUUACUCCAUCCAGCCCCCCUACCUUUGGGAGUGGUGGCAUGGGACUGCUGGUGUUCAGUGGGGCUGCUGAGAGACUAGUGUGAAGUCUCUGGGGUCCAGUGUGGCUGCUGAGCGGCUGGCGUUCAGUCCCUGGUGUCCAUUGGGGAUGCAGAGCGGGUGGCGAGGGAGCAGUGAUCUCCCAGCUCAGCUCCCUUGCGCGCCUCUUAGUGAUGCCGUAGCCGGAGUGACGUCAUAUUCCGGCCCUGGAAUCACUGCUGUGCGCGCAAGGGAGAUGAACAGGGAGAUCACUGCCUAUUGCUGCCCGCUGCCAUUUUGUUUUUAGAAAUUUUGGCGGAACCCCUAUUGUGUUCUCGCGGAACACCAAUUUGGAAACACCCGUCUAAGCACUCAGUUGACUUCAGCUGAAUGAGAUGGUUUUGGUGCAUAGAUUCUGCCCCUGUAGAUAAUUGAUGUUAUUUCUGCAACUUUAGCCACUAGCCGUCGUGUUUUAUUUAACCCUUAGAUACUCAACAUUUCUAACACUGUAGAAUAUAUUGGUUCUUAAUAAAUAAAUCGUGAUAAUACAUUUGUCCUCCCACAGUAUUGAGCUUGAUGGACUUCCCUUGGUACACACAGCCGCCAGUCUAUUUAAGGAGAUGUGUUACCGCUACCGCGAGGAUCUGACAGCGGGGAUUAUCGUUGCCGGGUGGGACAAGAGGAAAGGAGGGCAGGUGCGAAUGUCCACUCUGGUUUCAUUCUUUAGAAUUUGAGUUAUAGGGUCUUUCAUUGUGUCUGUCUUGCCGUCUGUCACCUUUCAUGCCUUCCUCCCGUUCCUGAUGUUUUUUACUUUCCUCUUGGUCCCACAGGUAUACACUGUACCCAUGGGAGGAAUGAUGGUUCACCAGUCUUUCUCUAUUGGAGGUUCCGGCAGUUCCUAUAUAUACGGCUUUGUUGAUUCUACAUACAAAACAGGAAUGACAAAGGAGGAGUGUUUAACAUUCACAGCUAAUGGUGAGACUUAAGCUAUUUAUCUAUCUCACCCUACGUGAAAACCAAGAAGUGGUUAUUUAUAUUUCCCUUCUUUGUAAACUGGUGGGUGGGAGACCCCAAUAAUCCAGGCUCUGAGUGAUGCAGAGAUCCCUGCGACUUCUCAGAAUGCAUGUGCUAUUAAUCUCCCACUACCCGUUUUGUUUUGCAGACUAGUUUUAACUGUUACGGUUCCACUUUGGUAUGCAGAAACGGAGCUAUAAACUGCUUCACCUUGUUUUUCCUUAGUUUGAACAGUGAGUCCACUCCGCUUAGAUUGUCGUUAUUGUAGGGAUGUAUUGUUUUAUAGGAGUCAGGGGAUACUGCCUUCUGGACACACUGCAAUAUCUAAGGUUUCCAUUCCCGUGGCUGCUUCUCUAAAUGUUUCAGCUUCCUUUUUAAGUUUUAUUCUUUGUUUUUGUGUGAAAUUACUCAUACUUCACAACCUUGAAGUCCAUGCAAAGAGCACAGCUGAAGGCCUAGUGCCCGCUGCACAGCAUCAUAAGAUGUGCUCGCUGUGCUGCCCGGGAUCAGAUCCCUGGUGGCUCCAGAUGCUGGACUUCAGGAAACUAAAGCGGGGCUAUUGGGGAGGCCUGAAUUACUCACAACUGCUGAAUUGCCUAUUGCAUAUUCAAUAAAGAUCCCACAGGGUUUUCUAGAAUCAAUCAAUAUGCAAUGCUUCCUUUGAAAAUAAAGGGAGGACCUGGAUUCUAGUCUCUGCAUUUUCUGGGGAUAUGUGCCACAAGCUGACAUUUAGAAUGAGAUUCUAUAUAUAUCUAGAUCUGCAUAAUGUAUUAAGACAGGAUGAUUAAAGGGCAACGCUCACCCCUUAACAUUUUUGUUAUAAGAAUCCUUGUAGCAUGUACUGAAAACAUUUAUUUUUAGUGUAGGUAAAGGAUGAGUGAUUCAACACAUGAAAAUUCCCACAUAUUAACAAAAAGAAAAAUCGUUACUUAGUAUGUAUACCUCCAGUGAAUACAUGCAUGGAUUCAUUGUGGGUAUAUCUUGAAAGAUCUUAUGAAUGGCAGCCUUAGCAAGCCCUACUCUUUUUUUUCCCGGAAGAGACUUUCAUUCUAUUCAUAGGGAAAUAACCAAUCUCAAUGAGAAGCCUCUGACUUGGUGCACACCCGCGCACGUCUAGAGCUACGGAGCGUACCUGCCACUUCCGUUAGCUAUGGGGGAUGUUUGACGGGAUGAGUUCCCUAGUUAAUUUAUAAAAGUGCUGAUUUCUAUUGUAAACUGGGGUUAAACUAGGGUACUCCUCACCAAUAAAGCACUUCAGCAAGCUGGUCCUUUAAGACAGACCAAAUCGAUAUCCAAACAAUCAGCUAUUUAGCUGUAGCAACUCAAACAAGAAGGCAGUCUUAGGAGGAUAAAAGACCAGGCACCGAAAGACACUGCUUAGACCACACAGGGCGAUGACUGAUGACAUCACAGCUCAGUACAGAGAGUGAAGCGGGGCAGAUCAUAGAACUUGUGGUCAGAUUCUAACUCAACCUGAACGAAGGCAUUCAGUAAUGUGCCAGUGGUAGGGACCAGAUAUACAGCUGUUUUUACAUAUACCUUAUUAAAAAACAUCUUUUUAUUACAUGCUGCAAAGAUUUUUAUAAUAAAGUAAAUUUGGUGACAGUUGUCUUUUAAGUCCUUCAUGCAGGUUUCCUGCUGGAUCUACUUAACAUUCUAUCUAGAAACCGAUAAAAUACAAUAUUUACAGAAUAAUGUUUAAAUGGGGCCUUUGUUUGGAUACGUUUUACUAUUUUUGAGAAUUGUAAUGUUUAUAUUACCACUGGUAAAAACCUGUGUCCAUGCGUACUUUUAUGCGGACUGCAACGUCGUGGAUAUUUGUUUCACUGUGUUUUGCACGGAAUAAUGAAUGAUGCUCUUGUUACAGCUUUAUCAUUGGCCAUGGAACGAGACGGGUCCAGUGGUGGCGUUAUCCGUCUGGCCGCCAUUACAGAAAGCGGCGUGGAGAGGAAAGUAAUUCUGGGUAAUGAACUUCCUCGUUUAGCAGAAUCCUGAAGAAAUCAACAAUUCCCACAUUGUGUGUCCUCUAAAUGAUGUUUUUGUUACUUAAGGAUGUUAAUUACAAUAAAAGCCUCUAACCCAAGCUAAA